AUGAGGGCAUAUAUAAAUGAGGAUAUUAUACGUCUGAAGUUACCGAAUUUGGAUCUAAAGCUUGGCGGUCGGUGGUUGCGAGAUCAAUGUCGAUGGAAAGAGGUUGUGGUGUGGGCGAUGAAAGCAGAUCUGACGGCAUAUGUGCUAGAUCUGAAGACGAAUGUUCUAGACAUAUCUGGACUAGGAACACCACCAGAAAUGAAAAAAAUCACCAGAAUCCUUCAGAUCUGUUGGAAGUCGAUGGAGAAUGACUUAACGACGGCGAUAAUGAGUUUUUCCGGCAUUAGGAGACAUCGGAAUAGGAAAGACGAUAGGUGGCGGUGGUGGAUAGUCGUCGCAGGUUGGUGGCGGCGGUGUUGUAUAGUCUCCGGAGUUAGGUGGUGGUGGAUGUUGUAG